AUGGUUCUUUCAGCAAGGGUUAACUUCAAGCAUCAUCAAAUUUGCUUCCUGUUCUUACUUUGUUUAAACCCUUGCUUAGAUCAUGAUAAGUUUCGUCAUGACUUAAGGAAAGGUCUUGUUGAAAGAUUAUCACAAACACAAAUUUGUUUCCAUCAUGUUUGCAAAUAUUUUAAACCAUUUAAGAUUUUGUUUUUUUGGGUUUAUCAGGUUAUGGAAUGUUCAAAUCAAACAUCUAGAUAA